UAUCAGUGACUUUGUUUGUGGUUCGUUAUGUGUUUUCGAGAGCUGUAAGUUAUAGGUUGCAGAGUCAUGUGUUUUUGUUUUAGUUUAGUCUGACUGACUAUCUUUCCUGCUUUUCUGAGCGCGCAGUAGAAACAAUGCGGUGCUGGUACAUUGCAGCUGUGCUUUUGUGGACUGUCGUAGUUACGGAGGGAAAAGCAGUCCCUUCACUUCCAGAUUUUGGGAAGUCCUAUCAUGUCAAAGGAGUGAUCUCUCUGCCCUAUGCUGAGAUUAAGGAGCCUUUUGAGGCCUGGUUAGAUCUAACAGCAAAGUCCAGCCGAAUAGAUUACUACCAUGGCCAAGUGUCAACAUACCAGAUUGGGGCGGAGCAGCAGUGGGGGGUUUCCUAUAAAAUCACUCCAGAGACCACAGAGACAGAGCUGAAUGUGAUGAAGUGCUUCCAGGUCAACGGAACGAAAGAUGAAACCGUCACACCACAAACAUCUUUGCCUGAUGUUCAGGGAUUCCAGUUUCUAAGGAUGGAGUACUACGGAGGCUCCCUGUGUGAAGUCUGGCAGAAUGUGACCACGAUCGGUAACAAGAAGAACACAUACACACUGUGGGUGACCCAUUCUGAGAAAGGUGCAGAUGGCAAGGCAGAGCCCGCCACACCCCUCCACUAUGAGAUGAUGGGAUAUAACACCCUGCUGGGGUCCCACUAUGACAAAUACUUGGUGGACUACAAGGAGUUCAGCACUCACGUGGACCCCAAAGUAUUCUCGCUCCCUGAAGGUAUGAGCUGUGGAGGAUUUCCUGGUCCAGGAGUUGAACACCACAUAUUGGCCAAUCCGAUGAAAGAUCUCAUCCACACAUCAGCUUCAGGCCACUCGCAGCGCAUGUUCAACCAUUUCAAGGAGAAGUUCCAGCGCCAGUACAGCGACGAAAGGGAGCAUGAGAAAAGGGAGCAUGCUUUUGUUCAGAAUCUCAGGUACGUCCACUCCAAGAACAGAGCAGGGCUGUCUUUCUCUCUGGCUCUAAACUCACUGUCUGAUCGCACCAUGUCAGAGCUGGCCACCAUGAGGGGAAGAAGACAAGGAAAGACUCCAAACAGAGGCCUGCCCUUCCCUUCCAAGAUUUACGAAGGAGUGAAAGUACCUGAGUCACUUGACUGGAGGCUUUACGGUGCUGUGACCCCAGUGAAGGACCAGGCCAUCUGCGGCUCCUGCUGGAGCUUUGCCACCACUGGAGCAGUAGAGGGUGCUCUCUUCCUAAAGACGGGCUCCCUGCAGGUUCUGUCUCAGCAGAUGCUGGUGGACUGUUCCUGGGGUUUUGGCAAUAACGGCUGUGAUGGAGGGGAGGAGUGGAGAGCGUAUGAGUGGAUCAUGAAACAUGGAGGCAUCGCCACAACAGAAACCUAUGGAGCUUAUAUGGGAAUGAACGGAUUUUGCCACCUGAACACAUCCCAACUCACUGCACGUGUACAGAGCUACACUAAUGUCACAUCCGGUGAUGAAGAGGCCCUUAAGUUGGCGCUUUUUAAAAACGGGCCAGUGGCUGUCAGUAUUGACGCUUCACAUCGAUCUUUUGUUUUCUACAGCCACGGUGUCUACUAUGAACCUGCUUGUGGUAAUACCACUGACGCGUUGGACCAUGCUGUGCUUGCAGUGGGAUACGGCACCCUAAGCGGGGAGCCAUACUGGUUAAUCAAGAACUCAUGGUCCACCUACUGGGGCAAUGAUGGCUACAUCCUCAUGUCUAUGAAGGAUAACAACUGUGGCGUCACCACCGAUGCUACAUAUGUUACACUGGUAUAGAUUUGCUUGUGUCACCCAAAUCUGUUCAGUUCCUGUUAAUGCCACUAUGUGAGUGCCUGAGGGUGAAUGACUGUUGGAUGUGUUGAGGUGUGGUUAUUGCAUCAAUGCUUGAUAAUAAUGUGUUAAAUGUUGCUGUUAUAUGGUACAGAAUUAAGAUGCUGCACAACUAGCGCAAGAACAAGUUCUAUUUUUCAAACAUGGUUUUGACAAUUUUAUUGCUGGUGGCACAUCGGCACAGUGCCUUCAUUUCAGUUGUACAAAGUACAUUUGGUGACACAUUUCCACUCAUUCUUGUACUUGAUCAUAUGAUGCAUUCAAAUGCACUAGGCUUGAAUCAAUACAAUAAAACAUUGUAAAGUUGUCCAUUUA